AUGAACAAAAAAGAAGAAGAUCGGAUGAUGCAGUUUCUUAUGGGCCUUAAUGACACCUACAACGGUGUUCGUAGCAACAUCCUCAUGAUGACGCCAUUGCCAAAUGUUCGUCAAGCCUACUCACUCGUCAUUCAAGAUGAAACACAGCGCCAAAUGACCUCGGGUUCCACAGAAAAUUUUUCCAUUGCCGCUGCGAUACAGAACCGCUCUCACAAUUUCUCAAAUAAUUCCAAACACUGUGCUCACUGUGACAAGAACGGCCAUACAAUUGAAGACUGUCGGACGUUAAAGUUUUAUUGCCCAUAUUGUGAUAAGAAUGGCCACACUGAGGAUCGAUGCAAAUUCAAAAAUGGGACAUGGGUUUCCAACAGUACAGGACCCCAGAACAAUCGGCACCACCAAGGACAUAGAGGAAAUCAACAGCAACAGAAACAAGGGAGCAACCGCAGUCAGCGAGGAUCCUUUCAUGCUGUCAACGCAGCAGACGCAACCCAAGUUGGGGCUCAGCAGCAAUCCACAGUCGCACCAGCCCAGUUCCCGAGUUUUAACAAUUGGGCACCACAACCAGCCCAAUUGUCUCAUCCGCCAACCUCUCAACCGAACCCUCUCCAUGGGCUCUCUGCAGACCACCUUCAACAACUAGCCCAUGCUGUCUCUCUGUUAAAUUCGAAUAAUGCUUCUGGUAAUAGCCAUGCUUAUGCUAAUGCCGCAGGUCUGUCUCAAUUUCCCGUUGCCUCGAUUAAUUCUGUAUUCACCAAACCUUGGAUUUUGGACAGCGGAGCUACUGAUCACAUCACGUCCGACCCCACACUUUUUACACAAACAAAGUCUUCACAAAUACCAAUUGUCAAUUUACCCACUGGGUCUUCUGCCCAAAUCACUUCCACUGGGACAGUCCCGUUCAAUUCAGAUAUCACUUUAGAUAAUGACUUGGCUACGGGGAAGAUGAUUGGCUCGGGUAAGCAGCAUGGUGGUCUCUAUUACAUGUCUCCAUUGCAGAAAACACCUGUCACUUAUCAAGUUUCUCAUCCCUCCCAUUUGUGGCACAUGCGCCUUGGACACCCGUCACCUUCGCGUCUUAAAUUACUGUCUUCAUUCUUGCCUUUUAGUCCUCUCUCUUUGAUGACAAUUGUAGUGUUUGUCCCAUGGCCAAGCAAACUAAACUUCCUUGUCCACCCUACUCAUAAAUUUGACCCUCGCGCUCAACGUUGCGUCUUUGUUGGAUACCCCACUGGUCAGAAAGGUUACAAACUUUACAAUUUAGAGACUAAGAAAUUUCUCGUUAGCCGUGAUGUCAAGUUUUGUGAACACACUUUUCCUUUUUCUAACAUUUCCACCCCCACAGCUUCCACUUUUGUGCCACCCCACCUUCCACACGCUAGCCUUGAUCACACUGAUCGCUGGACCCAACACACCCCACAUGUUGAGCCGGGCCCCCCACUUGAGCCAUCCCAACUGAGUCCCACCCAGCCAUCAACACCUGACGCCCCUCCAACCACGUCAUCCCAUGGACCCGCGCCUGACGAGCCCUCCAUCUUGACAGCCCAAUCCAACCUGUGUCUCCCCAGCCCCCCUCACAUGUCCCAACAGACUUGUCCCCCCUUCCAGCCGUCACUUCGUCCUAAGCAACCCCCUGUUUGGCAUAAAGAUUACCACAUGUCCAACCGAGCCGGUCACUCAACCUCGGCGCUUUGUUCUUCAUCAGGUCACACCGAACCUACAUCAUAUGCUCAAGCUAUCCUUGAUCCCAAUUGGCAACAGGCCAUGUCUGCAGAAUUAGAGGCUUUGCAGCACAAUCGUACUUGGAGUUUGGUUCCUCUUCCCCUUGGUCAUAAACCGAUCGGCUGCAAAUGGGUUUACAAAAUCAAAUACAGGUCUGAUGGCACCAUUGAGCGCUACAAAGCUCGCCUUGUUGCUAAAGGCUACACUCAAGUUGAGGGAAUUGAUUACCAAGAAACCUUUUCUCCUACAGCCAAACUCACCACCCUCCGCUGUCUACUCACUGUUGCUGCUGCCCGCCACUGGUUCAUCCAUCAACUGGACGUUCAAAAUGCCUUUCUUCAUGGUGAUUUGAAUGAAGUGGUUUACAUGGAACCUCCUCCUGGUCUUCGCCGACAGGGGGAGAACACUGUAUGUCGGCUCAACAAGUCCCUUUACGGACUCAAACAAGCUUCCAGAAACUGGUUCUCCACCUUUUCAGACACCAUUCAGAAAGCUGGUUAUCAACAAUCAAAGGCUGAUUACUCUCUUUUUACCAAAGCUCAAGGCACUUCAUUUACUGCUGUACUUAUCUAUGUUGACGACAUACUUCUCACAGGCAAUGAUCUUCAGGAAAUGGAACACCUCAAAACAUUCCUUUUGAAACGCUUCCGCAUCAAAGAUCUCGGAGAUUUGAAAUAUUUUUUAGGCAUUGAAUUCUCCCGCUCCAAGAAAGGUAUUUUUAUGUCUCAAAGAAAAUAUGCACUAGAUAUUUUUCAAGAUUCAGGACUUCUGGGGGCAUGCCCAGACAACUUUCCAAUGGAACAGAAUUUGAAACUAACUCCCACAGAUGGAGAACUGCUGCAUGAUCCAACUAAGUACAGAAGACUGGGUACUCCUGGUCAAGAUUGGGGAGGUUGUCGUGCCACAAGGAGGUCAGUUACAGGAUAUUGUGUUUUUCUUGGAAAUGCCCUAAUCUCAUGGAAAUCCAAGAAACAAACUAAUGUUUCUAGAUCAUCAGCAGAAGCUGAAUAUCGAGCCAUGGCUAAUACUUGUUUGGAGCUGACUUGGUUGCGCUACAUAUUACAGGAUUUAAAGGUCCUACAGACAGUUCCUGUGCCAUUAUUUUGUGAUAAUCAGGCAGCUUUGUAUAUUGCAGCAAAUCCUGUUUUUUAUGAACGUACAAAGCACAUUGAAAUAGAUUGUCACAUAGUUCGAGAAAAAUUGCAAGCCAGAAUGAUUAGUCCUUCAUAUGUACCUACACGCUUCCAGUUGGUAGAUGUGUUUACGAAGGCCAUGGGAAAGGAUCAAUUUGUGACACUACAAGACAAGUUGGGUCUUCAUGAUAUUCACUCUCCAACUUGA